AUGAAGCAGACAUCUCUCUGGGGUCCUCGUGCAGAUCGCCAGGGCUUCCCUGCGAAGGAAUUCUCCACUGGAACGAUGUUCGGACUCGGAUACAAAGAGCAGUACACGGUUAUCCACGACGGAUCCGCAGAGGCUGAGCCGUUUCUCUUCUUGUACGCAUGCGGGGAAACGAAGCAAGGUACUUACACUUCUGGCCUCGUGCUUGCGAAGGAUCCCGCGAACUCGAAGAGCCUUCGUGCAAGGAUCGAUCAGGUCGCGACGGGUGCCGGUUUCGAGCCUUCGGAUUGGUGCGCCGUCGACAACACCUGCAACUUUGGCGACGAGCCCAUUUCGGUGUGA